CUGUAGUCACCAUUAUCUCUCUCUCUGUAGUCACCAUUAUCUCUCUCUCUAUAGUCACCAUUAUCUCUCUCUCUGUAGUCACCAUUAUCUCUCUGUAGUCACCAUUAUCUCUCUGUAGUCACCAUUAUCUCUCUGUAGUCACCAUUAUCUCUCUGUAGUCACCAUUAUCUCUCUGUAGUCACCAUUAUCUCUCUGUAGUCACCAUUAUCUCUCUAUAGUCACCAUUAUCUCUCUGUAGUCACCAUUAUCUCUCUGUAGUCACCAUUAUCUCUCUGUAGUCACCAUUAUCUCUCUGUAGUCACCAUUAUCUCUCUAUAGUCACCAUUAUCUCUCUGUAGUCACCAUUAUCUCUCUAUAGUCACCAUUAUCUCUUCAGGGGUCUCUGUAGUCACCAUUAUCUCUCUAUAGUCACCAUUAUCUCUGUAGUCACCAUUAUCUCUCUGUAGUCACCAUUAUCUCUCUAUAGUCACCAUUAUCUCUCUAUAGUCACCAUUAUCUCUCUGUAGUCACCAUUAUCUCUCUCUCUGUAGUCACCAUUAUCUCUCUAUCUAUAGUCACCAUUAUCUCUCUAUAGUCACCAUUAUCUCUCUGUAGUCACCAUUAUCUCUCUGUAGUCACCAUUAUCUCUCUGUAGUCACCAUUAUCUCUCUAUAGUCACCAUUAUCUCUCUGUAGUCACCAUUAUCUCUCUGUAGUCACCAUUAUCUCUCUGUAGUCACCAUUAUCUCUUUCUCUUCAGGACGUGUUCGAGAUGCGUUUCGCUAAGAUCCCAGAUGAGGGCCUGGACGCAUCGGUCCCCUCUACGACCCCAUUGGUCAGUAAAAGCACAGCCUCUUCUGACAGCAGCAACAACUCCUCCUCCGACGAAUCGUCCGACUCAGAGGAGGAGCGAGCCACGCGAUUGGCUGAGCUACAGGAGCAGGUUGGUGCUGCCGACCAAUCACAGUUGAAGGCGGUGCAUGAGCAGCUGGCGGUGUUAUCCCAGGCUCCCGUCAGCAAGCCAAAGAAGAAGAAAGAGAAGAAAGAUAAGGAAAAGAAGAAAGAAAAAGACAAAGACAAAGGGAACAAGGGCAAGUUGGAAGAAGAGAAGAAGCCCAAGGCUGCCGCUCAGCAGCCAAAACCAGCCAAUCAGAAGAAAGCGCCUGCUAGGAAAGCCAACAGCACGGUGACCGCCACGAGGUAGGUUUCUGCCUUUCAGUUUGUGUGUUCCCUUAUUGCAAAGGUUCCCUACUCCCUGUAACUGCAAGCCUAUUUCACUGCACCUGAUGACA